CAUUCACUUCCUUGUUUUGGCCGUUUGAGCAAAGUGCUCAGAUAAAUCGCUGUGCCGCUUCAUAAACCUGUUGGUGCAAGCUUGACAAGAUGGUUGUUUGAAUUCUGUGAUUUGAAACUCGCAUGGACUAAUGAGGGAUUAUUUCACAUAAUGUUUAAAAUUUCAGUAUGAGACUGGAUCUGAACAACUCCAACAUGUCUGUGGAGUCCAGCACUGUCAGGCCAGAGCAGGGACCAGUGGAGUACCGCAUGGCAGGCCUGAUCUUCUACUGCUUCGUCUUCAUCGUAGGAGUCAUAGUCAAUGUCACCGCUCUGUGGGUGUUUGCUCUCACCACCAAGAAGAGGAACUCAGUCACUGUCUACAUGAUAAACGUGGCAGUGGUAGACCUUACCUUCAUCUUGCUGCUUCCCUUCAGGAUGGCUUACCACCACCAGGACUACUGGCCCUUUGGAGACCUAUUCUGCCGGAUCAGUGGUGCUCUCACCAUUUUCUAUCCCUGCAUAGCUCUGUGGCUGUUUGCACUGAUCAGUGCUGACCGCUACAUGGCUAUUGUCCAGCCAAAGCAUGGCAAGGAGCUUAGGAAUGUGCCCAAGGCCGUGGUGGCGAGUUUUGGGGUGUGGAUCAUGACUAUGGGCAGCACUGUACCCCUGCUCUUCUCUGAACAUGACCCCGAUCGCAUCUCCAAUUUCACCACUUGCAUCAAGAUGCAAGAUAUCAUCUACUUGCGCUAUGACAACCUUGUCAACUUUGUGCGCCUCAUCUUCUUUUUCCUGGUUCCCAUAUGUAUAAUGAUUGGCUGCUAUGUCGUCAUAGUGGAUAAUCUGAUCCACGGCCGCACCUCGAAACUCAAACCUAAAGUGAAGCAGAAGUCUAUCCGGAUUAUCAUCACACUCAUUAUCCAAGUCUUGGUGUGUUUUGUGCCUUUUCAUGUGUGUCUAGUGCUCCGUUUGCUGGGGAAAGAUAGGGGGUUUAGCACAUGGGCAGUCUUUACCACAUUCCUGAUGAACAUGAGCACAGUGUUAGACAUUAUUCUGUACUACAUAGUUUCCAAACAGUUCCAGGACAGGGUGAUCAGUGUGAUUCUGUACAGGAACUACCUGCGAAGUGUAAGGCGAAAGAGCAGGCACACGCACACGGGCAGCGUUCGAUCGAUGAGCAACCUGACCAGUGCAAUGAUAUGAUACACCCAUCAAACUUUCAUGUCAAACUUCACACCUGUAUGUACUGUGCACGCUUUCGGCACAAUGUAACACUGAAUGCAUCAGUGUGUACAUGGUUCAUUAUCAAAAGGAUCAAAACUUGCAAUUAAUUUCCAAGGUGUAAUUUACACUCACAGUAUGGGAGUGCUGCUGUUGUGGCAAAAACAUCUGUGUUCAGAGCUGAUUGACUCACCCAUGAGACUUGAGAUGUUUUCUGUGCAUCUUUGCUCUGGCAGACGUAGCAAGGGUGUCUGUGGCUCAGGUGUAAUACACGCAGGCGAAAAUAGAACUGAUAAUAAUUUAAAACGUAGCCCACGGUAUCUCAGUGUUUGGUCUGUUAUUAUGUAUAAAUAUUGAAACUCUUCUCAGCUUUCUCACGACGCCACCCAGCAACUAUAAAAAGCCCGACAGCCACCAUGUGGGGAAGCCAACAGGAAAUGAUGGUGGGUUCUUAAAGGAUGUUAAAUUAGUUUGAUCGCUACAUAAUACCUUGCCUCUGCAGCAGCUCAGUGCAGCAUCACAACUAAGUAAAUAAUACAUAAAAUAUAUAAUUACACACACACACACCAUAAACAUCAUAGCAGUUGCUGAAAAUUUACUGACCAGGUGAUGGCAGCAUGGCACAGCUAGAUCACAUCCACCUGCCAGAGCAAGACAAAACAGAGCUUUCUUUACUUUUCGAGUGGAAAGUGCUGAAUUUUUGUUCCUCUCUUGUGAAGUUCCUUUUUUUCCCUGCUUAUUAUUACAUUUCAACUGGCUAUAUAAAAGCAAAUAUUCCAAUUUUUUAUUCUGUGAAAUAACCAUUUCACCUCACAGAGAAGUUGUGAACUACAAUCAUAACAGCUUUCUCAACCAGGAACGAGACUGAAGUGUGUUUAUGGUGCAAUGCGAAUCAUAUUGAUUAGACAUUAAAUGAUUCAGUCACUUGAAGUGCAUUUACAGUAACAUCCUCAAGAGACGUCAGGGAGGCUAUUUACUAGAUUUAAAGCAACCUUAACCUUAAAAGAGAAAACCUUUAGGUCUCUGCUGCGACUAUAAGCACUGUGUUGCGAGACCCCGCAAUUUAUCCACAAUUUAUGACAGACAAGUGAUGAGUAAGAAGGUACAGAACGUGUGACAGUUCUAUCUCUGCGAAGAGACUGUUUAAUUUAAAUGAAGGGGGGAAAAAAAACAGAUUUGAAUGUGACGGUUUUGAUAGGUGUCCUGCACAAACGUCACUAAAGCUAAGAAUUGAUUUGAUGGUACCAGUUGCUAAAAUAAUCAAGUUAGUGUGUCUGUCACGCCAACACAGUCUUAACUGGAUUAGACAGUGAGUCAGUGUAGCAGAGUAACUGUGUAGUGCCUCAUACAAUUAGACAGGCAAUGCGCCCUGUGGUGUGACAACAUCUACCAUAGUUAUUCUUGGAAUGGUUAUCGUAUGACAGAUCAAUGAAAAUACGGCUAAAUACACUUUGAUUCUUUAAAGAGAUUCUGGUUUUAGUCAAGCAAGUCCAGUCAAAUUCCCAGUGAGUCAAGUUAGUGUACCGCAGUAGUAAAAGGAUAAACUGCACCAAGAGUCCAUAUGGUUCUUGGUUGGUUUGUGCAAUGCACACAGUCAAGAAAUGGCCAGACUGACAAAUAGAAGAGGUAGAUUUACACUGUGUUUAAUAAGGGAAGGCAGACUACAAGAUUUCCAUCUCACAUGGAACUCUGGGAACUGCAGUUCAUCACAUGAUGAUAGCUUUAUUGGCCGGUGGACUACAAGCGGAUUUAUAACCAAGAGGUCAAAGGUCAAAUGAAACAUCAGAGGGUCAUCUAUCUGUCCCACCUGUUAGACAUCAAAGAAAAACCAGGCACGCUGCUCACAGCAACUGGCAUUUAAAACAAUUAAGUUUCCUGUCAAGUCCCUGUGAUGAAUUAUCCGGAAGCUUUACCGGCUGUAAUUCUAAAUCUUCCCAACAAGUGCCUUUGUUGUAGAGAAAUUAAUGAAAACAAGAUUGUCUUUCAUAGGAGCUGAUCUAACAGCGCGACAGCCAGCUGCUCUUCUUUGGGAAUAAAAACAGUCAGCAUUAAACACAGCUCACACAAAAUACUUUUUUUUUUCUACCACUCGUGUGGAAAACAAAUCAGGCGGUGAGCGCAGUGGCCAUCUGUUUUGUUAUUUGAUAUGUGUGAAUACAUGUUGUAAUGACUUUGUUUGUGAAUCACUCUGCACGGCAGAACACACGAGAGCUCUCGAAGUGCUGGAGUGUUCAAAGCUAAUCAUAUAAUUGGACACAAUAGUCGAUGACAAAUGGAGACGCUUGGAGCCAGCCAGCUGGGGAAGUGAAUAUGUAAUCAUUGUAAAAUCAUAUCAUUUUUGCAUAUUUGAGACAGCUUAAUAGAGUUUGCAUGUCAGCACAGUAUCAAAUGAUGAUCAGAGACAGUGUUGCUGUAUUUGUUUUUCUAAAUAGUGUUUUGUUGCACUAUUUAUCUUUAUCAUGAUUAAAAGUGUUCCUUAAGA